GACAGGCUUAACUGUGGAGAAUGGAGAGAGUAGUUUGUUUCACAGAUUGGAACAAUGUUUCUGAAAUGUUUUGGUGACACAACUUCAUCUCGGUGACAAUAUGCACAGGUUGGAACUAUGUUUCUCAGUUGUUUGGGUAUGAGCUGUUGGAAGCCCACAUCGAAUACAGACUCAUCUCUGAGACAGUUUUCAACGGUGAUACAAGAGCUGUGUCAACAAUUUUCUCUCGCCGAUCUAAGAAAAGCCACCAAUAACUUCGAUCUAAACAGAGUAAUAGGAAAUGGAAUGUUCAGUGAAAUAUAUAAAGGCUAUCUACAGCAUAAUGGUGCCUCUGAUUACACAGUCGCAAUAAAGCGAUUUAACGAUCAAGGAUGCGAAGCGUUUAACAAGGAAAUAGAAUUGUUAUGCCAGCUUCGUCACCCCAGAUGUGUGUACCUCAUAGGAUUCUGCAACCACGAAAAUGAGAAGAUUCUUGUAUACGAGUACAUGUCCAAUGGAUCUCUAGAUGAACACCUACAAGAUGGUAAACUAUCAUGGAAGAAGAGUCUAGAAAUAUGCGUAGGAGUAGCAUGUGGACUACAUUACAUUCACACCGGAGCUAAACGUUCCAUCUUUCACUGUAUCCUUGGUACUAGUACCAUCCUUUUGGAUGACCACAUGGAGCCAAAACUCGCUGGUUUCGGUGUUAGCGUGCAGGGAUCACGUUUUAUGUCAAAGCAGAAGCAAAUCAAUGCAGAGCAUUUUAUGGGUACUUGGGGCUUCAUGGCUACGCAGUUUAUCAGGGAUCGUACCAUCACAGCUAAAUGGGAUGUUUUCUCAUUUGGUUUGGUUCUACUUGAAGUUGUGUGCAGGAGGAUGUUUUAUGUAAUAAACCUGGCUGAAAAAGAAUUUCUGGAGAAUCCUAUUGAGGAGAAAAUUGAUCCGAUUGUCAAAGGAAAGAUUGCUCCAGAUUGUUGGCAAGUCUUUGUAGAUGUCAUGGUAAAUUGCUUGAAGUAUGAACCAGAUGAGCGACCUACAAUGGGUGAAGUAGAGGUGCAACUUGAGCACGCUCUAUCGAUGCAGGAACAAGCAGAUAUCACAAACUCCAACUGUGAUUAUACCUUAUUGUCCAAAACCAUUAUUCCCCUCGGAGUGAAACAGUACGUGAUACUUGAGAAAUGUAACUGACA